UACAAUAGGAAUGACGAGGAAAGGGAGAAAUAUUCGGUUGACCUUCUGGAAGGGAUAUGCUAGUAAGUUAAUUCAGACGAGCAGAUGCCUCUGCAAUAGCGAGAAGUGAAAUGAAACAUGUUUGAAAGUUGGUAAGCGAAAUGUAGCUAAUCAGUUGUACGUUUUGAUCAGUUUUGGAUGUUAUAUGAAAUAUUGUACGUAUGUGUAACAGCAGUAAGUCACAUAAAUGUAAAUCUUAUACGAACUUCGGAUGCAUGGAGCAACAGGCGAUCAGGACUAAAAGGAUAGCUUAAUCAUUGCAGGUUGGCAAUGUGAGGUCUAUGAGAGAUCACCAGAAAGUCGUAAGGACUAAUAUUUUUUGUUCACUAUUUUGAGGGUUUUAAUAAUAUAUUGUUGUCAAACGUGACCAUCCCAUCUGUUUGUACAUUUUAAAUUAAUUUGUCCAGUGUUUCCUUCCUUUUCUUAAGAUGUGACUAGAUGGAUAUUUAGCUGCCAUUCCUAGAUGAUCGAGUGAUCAUGUAGAGCAGUCUCAAGGGUACGACCCGGAAACUUCAUUUUUAUGGUCCGCAGCAGAGCCAUUUUUGUGGCCAAUAUUUUCCUAAAACUUGGUAAUUUGUCCUUCAUCCCUUCCAUACUUCUGUAGCAGCACAACAGCAGCAGCAGUGUUAAACUUGACCUGCCAACUUAAUGCGAUAUGAAAUAUUGUAUGUGUAACAGCACUAACUGUCACAUAACGCCAAUGUGAAUCUUAUACGGAAAUGGUAAGAAGGGUACAGAAAGAUGCUCUGUAACAUCCAUGUGCGACAACAAAACUCUUAGCAGAACUGGUUUUGCUGUAAAAAAAAGGAAGUUUUUAUGCGAUCGAAAGCACACCAAAGUGUGUAGUGCACAUUUUAGACCUGACGAUUUUAAGCGAACUUUGACUGGGAGACGAGAUCUACGAAAAGGAGCAAUUCCAUGCAUAUUCAGAUGGACUACAAAAUCCAAAGACAGCCAAAACAACAAUAAAUCCUCACACAGCCUGAAGUCAUUGAACAGGCAACUAGAUCGGGAAGAAGGUGUGUUUCUUGAAGCAUGUGUUGAUCACAGUUAUGAACCAGCCAAUGGAUUUCGGGAAGAAUUUGAAGCUGCACUGAGCCUUAUUAAAUUCUCAAAACUUGAAUUUUGUUAAAUUUUUCUAAGAAACAAAUCUUUCACACUUAGUCAUGUAACUCAAUUGCUGAAUUCUCAUUGGCCAAAUUUCCACUACAUCAAAACUUCAAAGAUCUCAAAACUAAAUUUGUUGUAAUAAAAUGUUUUCUAUAUUCA